GUUACGAGCCCCCGGCGGGGACCGCCCCAUCUGGAGAGCACCUCUUGCGAACCAUCCGACCUCGCCGCCCGUCUCCUCUCUCUCGCAUUCCCCCUCGGUGCCGAACCCUCCUUGCCGGCAACCCGCGUCGCCUCGAGCCCUAAGCUCCAAGCCGAGGAGCCGCCGCGAGGCCGGGUCUCUUGCCGCUUCUCGCGCCGGCGCGGGAGAUUAUAGGAGGAUGGAGUCGGAGGUGGUGAGGACGGAGAUGGUGCUGGCGCCGACGCUGUCGUUCAAGAAGGUGCAGACGGCGGACAAGUACCCCAAGGGCCAGUCCCGGGGGCGCCAGUGGAAGCACCUCCGUCACCUCCUCCAGGCCGCAGAUGCCUCCUCCAUGCCCCCCGACCGCCCCAACUAUCUGAAUAUUCAAUCACCCCCAUCCAUUUACCCACCAAAGAGAUACUGUGACAUAACAGGUUUUGAGGCACCGUAUGUGGAUCCUAGGACAAAGCUGCGCUACGCUGAUCCAGAGGUGUUCAAGCAGAUCAGGAUGCUUCCCAAUGAAUACGUUCAAAGGUAUCUGGCCUUGAGAAAUGCAGCGGUCAUACUGAGAUAGCAAUCCCUGAACACAGAUAACAGUCUUGUAGCCCUAACCAUGUUCCACCGCUCACUUGAAUACUUUGAUUCUGUAUGGAGGCUGUUUCUGAACCCUGAUCCUUUUAAACGGAUCUUUCUUCCUGGCUCUCGUAUAUCAGGGUUUGCCUAUGUGCUUAGAGACAUUCUGUGUGUAUUUUGCAUGCUGAAGUUUGCGAACUGAUGUUUAAUGUGUUCUUGUCUGCUGUAGGUGAGUUCGUUUCAAUCCAAACGUGGUAUCAAUGUGCUAUAUUCAAUUCAUACCUAAUUUGUUUGCUGAGUA